AUUCCCCGAUGAUUAAAUCACCCAACCCCGACUAAUAAAUAUAAACACUAGCAAUCAUCGUCAUCAUCCACAAAACCCUAAACCCACCAAACCCGCGAAGGCGGCGACGGAGCAUCUAUCGGCUUCUCCGAUCGUACCUACGCGCGUGCCCUAAAAAGCUAGCGCCGGCCGGCGCGCCGUACGUACGUCCGCCAUGUUGCCGGCGAUGCCGUCGUUGGCGAUGCUGUUCGCCGUCCUCCUCCUCUGCGUCGCCAACACCCUCGCCUUCUCCUUCUUGGCGGUCAGGAUCUUCCGCGCCGACGGCGGCCCAUCCAAGCUGACCGCGUCCAGCGUCCGCAGGUCGACCAAGUGCAUCCUCGUCCUCGCCUGCGUCGUCGAGGUCGCCGUCCUCUUCGCCUCCCUCCGACUCGCCGCCGACCGUCACGCCCUCUCCGGCGAGGUCGACCACAUGCGCGACCAGAUCGAAACCCUGCAGGAUGAUUUGAAGCAGUAUGAGCAACCGUUCUCUGCGUUGAGUGAUUAUCUCGGCCUCAGCGUGCUAGAGCUGGGUAGCGCCGUUGGACGCUUACGUGAUAAGGAGGAACAUCUAGUCAAGGAAUAUCGUGAUCUGAAACUCGAGAUUGAACAAAUUAAAUCUGAUAUACAGUCUCUGCGACAUGAGAAGGAAGGGAGAGGCUACCAUAAGGAAACAUUAGGUGGCACCUCAAAUCAGCAAAAACAAGAGAAUAACGAGAAAACAAAGCAACCAGCGAUAGAUGGUAUUAUGAAGUCAUUACGAGCAAAAGCAACAAAGUUGCAGCAGGUCAAGAUAAGCUUUCCUUGGGAGAAGAUGAAGAAAGCCAAGAAUAUAUUCAGCAUGGAUUUCAAGCUACGGCCGUAGAUUAGUUUAAGAAGUUCCCGAAAACGAAUUUAAUCUAGUCAUCAAACAAGAAAUGCAGAUGUGUAAUUGUGAUAAUUCACAUUUGGAUGGUCUCAGUGUACUUUAGUCAGAGUUUUGUUAUUUAUGAACCGUUUUUCUAGAGUAGAUACCUCGUGGAUUCUUCGUAUUUUCAUCCUAAUUGUGUUAUCAAGCUUGUUGUGCAAAUGGUAUGCCCUUAUGUCAAGCAUAAAUAGCUAUACUAGAAAAAAAUUAAAUUUCAUGA